UUUUGGAUCGCUCCGAUAAUUCGGUUCUCCACGUGAGACCGGACUUCCUACUUUUACGCUUCUUGGUGGCGAAAUUUGUGAACGAUUGAGUUCACCAGGGAAUCCUACGGUUUUCCCCCGAGGGUUUCCUAUUCAGCCAGUUGGUGUGUCAUCUCCAUCGUCGCUACGAUUCCAUAAUUUGGGUAACCUGUGAUGUCGUGGAAUCUUCCGUUGUGUUAGAGAAUUGUUGCGUAGCGCUUUAAGGUUUCGCGCGUCGCGGCUUAUUCGGAACCUAAUUUUGGAUUAGCGAGUUGUGCAAACUUUUUCUUGUCUCUCGAGAAGGGUCUGUGGGUUGUGGGAGUGAGUAAAUCGAGCGGGACGGACGUGAUAAGAAAAGAUUAUUGUGACGUUAGUUUUCAGCCGGAGAACCUACGAUCGUGUGUGAGUUAUUCGUACGGGUUGUGGCAAGCGCUGUAGUCUAGGCUCUAGCGUAAUACGGUCUCAGGGGGUGUUCUUAUAUUGCUUCAUUAUCACCCUCCUCAUAUGUGCUGCUGGGUAGUGUGUGGCAGAGUGUAUUUAGGUAAAUGCAUAGUUACUCCCGCGAGUGGACGAAGAAAUCUCGAGACGUGAGGAGAUAUCUGGCUGAGGAAGCAGAGAAGGAAAAGUGUAAAUGUGUGCAGUCAUGUGUUUGUGGCUAAAUGUUUACUGAUCGAGUUUUUUCUUCGCUGAGCUGCUACACUUGGAAGAGCAACAACAUACGGGAUCUUGCAGAACCUGAAAGGCUUCUCCGUCAGAUGCCGCAUCUCAUUGAGCUCAUUGAGGAAAACUUUCGUCUAUCGCCGUCUUCCAUAAAUCCCAUCAACGUAAUCGAGAAGUUGUCGAAAAGUGCACAUUGUUCGGUUGUUUGAAAACGGAUUUGCCCUCGACUGCUGUGGGAGGUGGACCAGCAGAAAAGCGACAGCGAUGGCAUGAAUGAAGGAAAGCGUUGUUUCCCGAUCGAAUGAAUCGAAAUGGAAGUUAUUCAUCAAUGUCUGCGGAGCGGAGCAAAUUCGGUGACGUUCGGUUGAUGUGUCUCAAUGAAAAUGUGUGGGCGGGUGAAGUGAAACUUCUGGCAAAUAGAAAUCUCCAUCUAAUGGAAAGCGAGAAAUUGCGGCGCCCAAAAUGUCAAUACAAAAGUCGAUGUCUCGGUAUUAGGCAGUGAAGAGCAAAAGUUGAAUGGGCUCGGUUUUGUAUUUAAGUGGCGAAGCAUCAUUUUCUUCCAACGUGUAUUAUUUUAUGCGAAAAUGCCAAAAAAUGCAUUGAAAUGUGAUGCUAACGAGUGCCGAUUCAAGAAAAAGUGAUCAAAAAUUGCUAACCCGUCGCGUGCGAAAAUCGGCAUCCAGUGGCCGGCUACGUGAAUGUGGCUCAAUGGUUUGUGCUGCGGCGGACUCUGCGGUGUCGGAGAGGUCCUGAAGGGUGGGCAGCAGCACCCAUUCGACGACCGGCAGGACCAGGAAGAGCUCAAUCCCUGCUCGGACUGUGGCACCCGCGAAGCAGCAUCCAAGGCACGGCCUCGUGUCGUUAUGGGGUGCACCCCGAGUAUCCUAUCCAGCAGUAAUCAACAGCAACAGCAGCAGCAGAAUCAGCGCAAGGAUAGCUCCAGUCUGUACGGGGGGAACAUGUCAAAUACAGGGUCCGGGACCUUAGCGGAGAAUAAUGGUGCCAGCAGUAAUAAGUUUGCCAACAACGCCGCAUUGAAUCAGCCUCAAAUGCUCGGCUACGGUCAGGGCAUGAAGGACGUCAUCGCGAGCGGGGGCGCUGGAGCAGGAGAGAAGGAAUAUCCCAAAAAAGAUUCAAUAGUGUCAAUUUCCGGCUUUGGUCAUGUGUCUGUUGUACCACGGAGGCCAACAGUAGGAAGUGGAACAUCAAGUUGUUCGGGGAGAUACGGCGGCCACAGACAAUCACUAGCUUUAACACCGGAGGAGGAAACACUCGACUCAUAUCCCAGAUUAAUAUCGGAUUUAAAAUUUCCCAACCUGUUGCCGCCCAACCCACCGAUAAAGAUUUUAAUAGCAUUCUGCAAAAAUGAUCCGGUGUUCGAAGCGCUGGUCACCGCCAGUCACCGACUGAACUUUGAGCCCACCUUUGUCAAGUCGGCCGAGACAGCCAUCGAAGCGUUCCAGAAUGUGGCGACCGGAGGGCAUCACAUCAUCGUGGUGGACGCUCGGUAUCCGCGCAUCAUCGAGGCCGACGUUCUGGGGAGGUCAAUCCGUAACUCGAAAGGUAGUCAACAUACAACAAUGGUAGCAGUAGUUAAGAAAAAUUUAUUCGAAAAGGACGAUUCGGCCGUGAUUUCACUGCUGGAAGUUGGCUUUAAUAGGUGCAUUAUCGAGUCACCGCAUGUGUCCAUCUGUUCGUCGGAACUACGGCAGAUACAGCACUCGCUGGUUCGGCCACAGAAUGUGAUAUCAACUCAACAGGCUCUGUAUACGGCAUUGCACCGGUCGCGGGAAGCUGUCAUCAUUACCGACGAUUCUUUGCGCGCACAAUAUGCCAACCGAGCGAGCGAAAAAGUUUUGAACAUGAAACUGGAUGAAAUCGUAGGCAGAUCUCUCAGCGACCUGGUGACGGCCGAUAUUAGCAACAUUUUAUCUCAUACCACUAGGCAUAAGGAUUACGAAGGUUUUAUCAGCACCCGCCGGAAAUCACAAGAAACCCUACACAUCCACGUUCGGGCCGUACCUGUGUCGUGCAUUGGAAGAAACCCCACACAUUUAGUUUUAAUUCUGGAGCAAACGAGCGGUACCACCCUGUCAGCCAUAGCGAAUGACGCCUUGCAAGCGCUACCGCACGGAAAAGAGGUAGCACGUGGCUCGUUGCACUCCAUCCGACGGGGCAGCUUCGAUGUGCGUUCGAUUGCAUCCGACGGACUGCGGCGAACCAGUUUGGCCAAAUUGUCUCAGCUUCCGUUGGAGGCCCCAAUCACAAAGGUUCUAAGUUUAUUGGCCCAGGUUCAGGAAAACUGCUCCUCGGAUGAAUCCAAACUGCUAGACCGGGUGAUGGAGUUCCUCAAACGCGAGGGUCUCUACAGUCCCCAGAUGAAGGAAAUUCGAACCGAGGAUCCCGUGGCAACGGAUCUGAUAGGAGCUUUAUUGACGCAAGGACCCACAAACAUUCUUUCAUCGCGACGAAGUUCGAAUGAUUCCAUCAUCCGGGGAGGAGGUCGACCCUCCACCGGAAGCAUUGUAUUCAACAAAACCAGAGAAUCUUCACAAUUGUCUGAGCUGCUCAACAGUGCGCUCAGUUGGGAUUUCGAAAUCUUCAAGCUGGAAGAGCUUACAGAAAGGCGUCCCCUGGUGUGCUUGGGUCUGGAGCUGUUCCGGAGGUUUGAUGUGUACAAUACCUUCUCCUGUGACGAGGUGACAUUCAAGCUAUGGUUAAUCGAGAUAGAGAAGAAGUACCACUCGGACAAUACAUAUCACAACAGCACCCACGCAGCGGACGUUAUGCAGGCUACGGCAUGCUAUCUGCAACAGCUAUCGAAUCGUGAAGUGAAGGUAAUGGAUCGAAUGGAUGAGGCCACCGCACUGAUUGCCGCAGCUACCCAUGACAUUGACCAUCCGGGCCGUUCGUCGGCUUUCCUGUGCAAUUCCGAUGACCGGCUCGCGCUGCUGUACAACGACAUCUGUGUGCUGGAGUCGCACCACGCUGCCACAACGUUCCGGCUAACGAUGGGCGACGAUAAAAUCAACAUCUUCAAGCAUCUGGAUCGGGAAUCGUAUAAGCUGGCCCGAUCGAUCAUCGUCGACAUGAUCCUGGCAACGGAGAUGACCCGCCACUUUGAACACCUGGCCAAAUUUGUCAGCGUAUUCGGCACAGAUGUCGAUGGUAAAGAAACAUCACACGAUAACGACGAUAACCAAAUUUUGAUAAGGAGAAUGCUGAUCAAAUGCGCCGAUGUUAGCAACCCUACGCGGCCCUUGAAGUUCUGCGUGGAAUGGGCCCGACGGAUAGCGGAGGAAUAUUUCACCCAGACAGACGAGGAAAAGCAUCGAAAUCUACCGAUCGUGAUGCCGAUGUUCGAUCGGACAACCUGCAGCAUAUCCAAGAGCCAGAUCGGUUUCAUCGAAUACAUCAUCCACGACAUGAUGGAUGCGUGGAAUAGUUUUAUCGAAAUGCCCGAAAUUGUCCGUUACAUGGAGCACAACUACUCUAAGUGGAAGCUGUUCGAAGAGCAAGGUAUCAACACGCUAAGCGACAUCAAACGUAAGCAGCUCACGCUCAACAGCGAAGCGACCGGUUCGUCUUCGGUGGAAGAGCUGUAGUAAGGCCACCCCAAACAUCUUCUGUUGGUUUGGAGAAAAUAUCCCCGCUCCGGUUUUAGGCAAGGCAUUUUUCGAAGAACAGAGUUACAAGCUAACAAUUGAUACCGCUGGAAGUGAAUAGACAUGUAUUUGGUAGGAAUUUUGGACGAAAUAGGAUACAAUCGUGCGUUGUACGCACGGUUGCACGAUCGUCGUUUUAGUCUCAUUUUGUAUUAAUCAGAUAGUUGUUGAUCGGUGGACGCUGUUGUAUGCUAGAAAAAUUAAAAUUUGUGUUAUGACUGUAAACCAAAAGCCAACCGAAUAUUGGAGUUUAUUUUGAACGAAAUCAAAUACGAACUCAUGUAGGUAAAUGUUGUACCAAUAUAAUAUUUCAAAGUGAAGCGAACACGUUGAAAUAUUUGACUGUUGAGUCCAUAAAGUCAGUAGGCUUCCCAUAUUGAUUCAUUCUAUGAACCAAAAUACACACAUAAAUCGAGGAGAUAAUUAAAACACAAUUCCCAUUCAGCUUCAAGGAGCAUUUGAUGUUGUGGAUCAUGACAAUCAUGUAGGUAUAGGUGUUCGGUUGCACGAAUCGCUUUUAUUGGUCUUCCUUAGAAAUCAGUGCAUCAACAAAUCAGUAAACUCUACGGCUACAAUAAAACAAUAUACAAAGUUGUUUGAUUUACCAACUAACCCGUUCCCCUCUCAGUAUUUGAUUACAACUAAUGAUUACCUUUCUUGUUGAUUAUUCCAAACCCGCCACUUUGUGUUGACUUAAACUUAUAUUAUGAUGAAAAUUUCGCAUCACAAAUCUUAACCAUUUUAACUUCUUGGAAGACAGGCAGAGGAGGUGAAUAGUCAUAUUGAUCACAAAAGCAUAACUGUAUCAUAUAGAUAGCAAAUCAAGCAAAAAUGGCGGCAGCAUAGAAGAAGAAGCAGUGGUAGGUAUAAUCAGAGUCUAUUAUAUAUAGAGCUACGCAAAGAGUGAAGCCAAAUCUACCUUUUGAACUGUCAAACCGUCUACCUAUUCGCGAAGUCGAAGCAAAUUCUGCUCUUACCUCUUAUGGGAAAUCCCAUUGCUAUCUGUCAGAGUUUGAGUGAAACAUGGCCACCAUCUCCUCCUCUCUGUUGCUCUACUGUAAAAACCCUUAAAGAACUGUCAUUGUUUGUGUGAAGAAUUUUGCUUCGAAUUCGCGAAUCGGGCAAAGUAAACAAAUGCUUGUUGGUGAGGCGGAAGUAUUGUUAUCGCCUAUUAAUUAUUAUGGCGAUUAAUUUACAAUGUUAUGAAAACUCAUAUGUGAAUAUGUCAGGGUUCGGAUUUCUCACUCACUCACGCGACAACAGAUCGCUCCACCAUCCAUUUUAUCCGGAUAAAUUACAGUGCGAUAAACUCCGGCACAAGCGAUGGUGCGAAAAAUUGUUAUCCCUCUUCCCAUGUUUCGUGAAAAUCAAAUGCUGCUUACUUUGCUUCUCCGAACUGAUUGCAUACGACGAUGCGCCACGAUAAGUAGUAGGUUCAAGACAGCAGUUUUUCUAUUUGCUUUCAAUCGGUUCGUGUGGUGGCGUGGUUAUAGUGGGCGCUCUAUACAUUUUAAAAUUGUUUUGGGUUCGAAUCCCGUCGCGGACCUACAUUUUUGUGAAUAUGCUUUUAAAACUUAUCUGGAGAAGUGGCGAGAUGGAGAAUUUGGAGGCCCAAAAUUAAAUUAUCCGGCAAGCCGCCGCUCGCGAGUUUAUCGCCCAUCUUUCUAUCCGGAUAAAAUAUUGUGUGAGAACACUUGCUCAAAGGAGAAUAUGGAAAAAUUGCACUCCGCUGUUGGGAUCAAUCCUGGGUUUUUAUUCAUAUGAGUGAGAAUUCCGAAGCCUGGAAUAUGUACGUUAUGUGGAAGAUAUUAAUUUGGAAAAUGUAUUGGAGGUAACCACUUUCCCUUCGAUGGGACUCGAACCCAUGACCCUACAGUACGCUAGACUGGUGCUUUAACCAACUAAGCUACGAAGGACCUCCGUCGGCCUUCGCAACCUAGCGGCUACUGAACGAGCUCGAGAUUCCCAAAUUGGACGCAUAGUCAAAUCACUCGCAAUCCAUUUCUCAAGCCAAUACUUCCACAUGUGUAUUGUACACGUCCACAUUAGAGGAGCGUGAGUAUUUAGAAUGUCUGGCGGCUAUACACAUUCUUCAUCAGCAACGGUACUGAUCAAGUGAGGUUGUGUAAGCUAUUUGCCAGUCGGUCGUCAAGCUCAGACCCGACCGCAUUGCGUAGGCAAGAGCACGCAACUCAAGUUCAGUUCAAUCAAAGGUAAUUGCCUAUUUCCGGGGAUUAAACCACCCGACUUGGACGUUAAUUUACAAUGUUAUGAAAACUCAUAUGUGAAUAUGUACGUUAUGUGGAAGAUAUUAAUUUGGAAAAUGUAUUGGAGGUAACCAAUUUCCCUUCGAUGGGACUCGAACCCAUGACCCUACAGUACGCUAGACUGGUGCUUUAACCAACUAAGCUACGAAGGACCUCCGUCGGCCUUCGCAACCUAGCGGCUACUGAACGAGCUCGAGAUUCCCAAAUUGGACGCAUAGCAUAGUCAAAUCACUCGCAAUCCAUUUCUCAAGCCAAUACUUCCACAUGUGUAUUGUACACGUCCACAUUAGAGGAGCGUGAGUAUUUAGAAUGUCUGGCGGCUAUACACAUUCUUCAUCAGCAACGGUACUGAUCAAGUGAGGUUGUGUAAGCUAUUUGCCAGUCGGUCGUCAAGCUCAGACCUGACCGCAUUGCGUAGGCAAGAGCACGCAACUCAAGUUCAGUUCAAUCAAAGGUAAUUGCCUAUUUCCGGGGAUUAAACCACCCGACUUGGACGUUAAUUUACAAUGUUAUGAAAACUCAUAUGUGAAUAUGUACGUUAUGUGGAAGAUAUUAAUUUGGAAAAUGUAUUGGAGGUAACCACUUUCCCUUCGAUGGGACUCGAACCCAUGACCCUACAGUACGCUAGACUGGUGCUUUAACCAACUAAGCUACGAAGGACCUCCGUCGGCCUUCGCAACCUAGCGGCUACUGAACGCAUUGUUACGGUAAAGCAUCGAUAAAAAGAAACAAGCUCGAAACACGUCUGAUUUGUUCUAUGCCAGGCUGUCAACGUUCUCUGCCAGCCACCAAGUACUUAGUUUUCACAGAGUUUAUGAUUAGUCCUAUUCCUUCAGUCUCCCGUUUAAAAGGCACGAAAGUCUCUACCACUGCUCUGUGGUGUACACCAAUGUCAAAGUAAUCCGCAAAACCAAGGAGCAUGUAACACUUGAUGAUGAUGGUUCCGUUUCUUUGCACAUCAAAUCUUCGAAUUGCAUGUUAAUUGACAGAGUUACAAUAAAUCUUAGUUCACCGAAAAAAAUCGAUCCUAAUGAUUUUGUCCAUCCCUUGUAAUGUGGGAAGUGAACGCAAAUGGAGGGACAAAAGUACUGUAAUCCGGGAGAAGAUUGAUAAUUUUUUAAUUGUUUUUUUAAAUAAUUCCUCCGUAAAGUGAAAUCAUGUCUUUUUUCAUAUUUUUGAACCGAGUACUGCUACAUGUAGAACAAAUAAGACUGUUGUUCUUGAUUAUUUGAUAAUUUUAAACUUGUAUUAAGAAUCUUUUUAGUCGAGUUUUCUGAUUUUUUAAUUAGGGGUAACUUUGGUCAUCAAACGUUUCAAUCAUUAUUAUUAUUUAUUCUGACUAAGGCCGAAGUGGCCUGUGCGGUAUAUAAGAGUCUUCUCCAUUCGGCUUGGUCCAUGGCUACACGUCGCCUACCACGCAGUCUACGGAGGGUCCACAAGUCAUCUUUCACCUGAUCGAUCCACCUUGCCCGCUGCGCACCUCGCCUUCUUGUGCCCGUCGGAUCGUUGUCGAGAACCAUUUUCACCGGGUUACUGUCCGACAUUCUGGCUACGUGCCCAACCCACCGUAGUCGUCCGAUUUUCGCGGUGUGAACGAUGGAUGGUUCUCACAGCAGCUCAUGCAACUCGUGGUUCAAUCAUUAAAUGAUUGAAAUGACGUUUUCAAAAACGCCUUAAGGUAGGCAAUUAUAGUUGGAAUACCUUAGAGGCGAUUCAAAUAUGACGUCCACUAAUUUUUUAGAUUUCCAGACCCCCCCUCCCUUACCCCCUCUAUCAAGCUUUUUUGUAUACCUAGUAUAUGUACUGUCACAAAAUAUUAGACCCCUCCCCCUUAAAACAUGCGACGUCAUUUUUGAACGACCCCUUACGCUGAGGCGAUGUGCAUCGAUUGUUUCGAGAAAGGCACCGCUAGUGGAAUUAUCUGUGUUUUCAACAAUAAAAAUGCUUUUUGGCAGCUUGCUGUGAGUUCAAAAAUAAUUGUUGAUUUUAUUUUUCAAAUUUCGGCGAAAAAUAAAUGCAAAUUCAUCCGAAAACUACUUCAUUCAGAAGUCAAGAAUAAGAUACCUAACUCACUAUAAGUACUUGUAAUAACAGAAAAUUAGCAUUACCAUUAGCAUUGAGCAAUUCGCACAAAUUUGUAGGUGGUACAAGACUGGAUUAUUGUAUGAGAGUAGCAUCACUUUCAUCCGUUACCACAGAUAUUGAUUUGGGACUAAUCACUAUCUCUUACAUGGAAGCAAUGCACCCAAUAGUCCAGAUCUGUCCUGGCCACGUCCUUGCGAAUGCUGAGGAAGGGGAAGGAUGGUUAGUCGGACACCUACUUAAGAAAGAUGCAGGGAACUCUACGACCCUCAUAGAUGCCACGGGAGGUAUUGGAAUUGUUAGUGUGGAAGGUUAUAACAGUAGGAAUCGUGUUGGUAGAACGUGAAACACAGAAAGAGUGAUGAUAGAAAUACAAAGUAAGAAAGGGGCGAGCCUGGAAUUGAACCCACGACCUCCUGCUUAUAAGGCAGAAGCCGCAGCCACUAGACCAGCGGGCUCGUCAGUACUUGUAAUAACAGAAAAUAAUAAUUUAUUCAUUUCUGGAGAAUUGUUAAACUGAAUAAUGUUAUACCGGUGAUCAAAGUUCGGAUUACGGUAUAUGGAUCGAUUCAGGACUUGUGGAAAUAAAUGGAGUAGAUGCUACAGGAGGAAUCAAAUCCACCGGAAAUUCUACCAGUUGACUUCCUGAUCUGGUUUUAAUAGCCGUGGACAGAGUAUAAAUUUAUUUUUAUUUUGUCAGAUUUUGUUUAGUUUGAUUUUGUUAUGAUUUUUGUUGUAAUGUUUUCGUACCAAAAUGGAUUCCAAGAACUUAUUUCUUAACACGUGAUUGAUCUGAUAAUAUUUCAUAAUGCGUUUGUGCACAACACUAAUGGUAUUUUGUAAAAUUUGGAACAGGCUUCGUAAACUUCUAAGAAGAAGGGGUUCAGAAAAAUCUAAUAGUCCACUAGGGAGAGCAGGGUUUGAAAAUUUGGUCUACGCGGUUUAUGGACAGAUUCUGUCCUUAUAACUAUUUUUUCUAUGCGCAACAAACUCUAAAGUUGGCCUUGUGAUCAAAGACGUAGGAUUGCCAAUCCGGGGAUAGCGAGUUCGAUCCUCGUUCUGAUCUAGGAUGUUUUCUAUUGGGAAAUAUUCUUGACUCCCUAGGCAUAGUGUAUCCAUUCCCACACAAGUUUCGAGAAUUCCAAGAGUAUGUUAAAAUGUAUUUUUCUUAUGGUAGUCAGACAACAAUAUUGACUCAACUCUCGUAUAUAUUUGUUUCCACCAUGCUUUUCAGCUGUCACUGUCAAAUAAUACAUUAGACAACAAAAAUAGUCAUGAUCGUUUUUACUUUCAUACGCGUUUUUACUUUCAUGGGUGCCUGAAAAGAAUCCGCACUUAAUGCAGUUGAAUCUAAUAUGUUACACAGCGAAGAUUGCAACUACAAAGAGUCAUGAUAUCCGCUCAAUUUUCAAGAAACGAAACGUCUGAAUAAAUUUGAAAUUAGGGUCAUAACGUCAAGAAAUAUGAAAACGUAACAUAUAGAAGUGAAGGGCAGGAUAGACUGGCCCAGCUUAUUAUGGGGAGAAAAAAAUGUAGUCGAAUUCCACGGGGCUUUUGACUGAUUUAUUAGGAGCUGAAUUGUGUAUUUUUACCCUUCUUACAUCCAAUAAAUAAUAUUUUAUAUUGAAAUCGAUAAAAAAUUAUGACUAGCGUUUCCUUAGCGACCAAUGUUUGCUUUAUGCUUAUUUCGCUUUUUAUGGAUAUACGACUUUCUCACUUGUGUCUUGGUGCUGCUUGAAUUAUUUUAUUUGUAAAAAUAAUAAAUAUUAAUUUCAUAAAACUUUUUUUUCCCCUUUUACUAUUACCAUAAUCGCAUACCUAUCAACUCAGAUCAAAGAACUAGAUAUAAAAUGUGUAUGUUACAAGAUAGAGCCCCUUCAAGAUCUCAAUAGUUUGCUAUCUGAUUGAGCUCUCUUAACUAUAAGCGGAAGCUAAAAUAUUGACAUGAAAUGAUUUUUUUUAAUCGGAUAUUGGAUCCUGCUGAUAUCUCUGAAAUCCGAAAAAAAAUUACCAACUAAAGAUUCGAACUUUUUUUCGAGCAUAAAAUUUCGUUUAUUUGUUAUCCAAUUAAAGUUCAUGUUUAUGCAUAGAAAUUGUAAUAUGCAGUGCACCCUUAACCUUUCAAAGGUGUAAGAAGGGUUCCAUUCACUGUAGGUGGAUUAAGUCGGGUUUUUUAUUUACUGAUCGAAUCGUAUUAGCUGAAAACUAUAUAAAAGUUUAUUUAAUCAUCAUACAAUUUUCUGUGAAAUUUUUCUGUAGCAUACCAUCUGCACACGGCCCUCCUUAACCGUGUGGUAAGAUGCGCGGCUACAAAGCAAGACCAUGCUGAGGGUGGCCGGGUUCGAUUCCCGGUGCCGGUCUAGAUAAUUUUCGGCUUGGAAAUUGUCUCGACUUCCCUGGGCAUAAAAGUAUCAUCGUGCUAGCCUCAUGAUAUACGAAUGCAGAAAUGGUAACUUGGCUUAGAAACCUCGCGGUUAAUAACUGUGGAAGUGCUUAAUGAACACUAAGCUGCAAGGCGGCAAUGUCCCAGUGGGGGAUGUAAUGCCAACGAAGAAGAAGAAGAUACCAUCUGCUGUUUUUGCAAUUCUGAGCUCAUUCGAGCAAUCAGAAACAAUUUCCAUUUCGAAUGAGUGACGGAGGUGUAUUUUACUAUAUAUUUUGGCUGAAAUCUCAAUACAAACUACAAACCAAUUGCGCCAGCUUAUGCCGCUUGAUGGGAAAUGUCAAAAAAAAUGUCAUGGAAUUGCUAUUACUAAUUUCCUAAUAACUUUUUUCAAAAGUAAUUUACAGUUUGGAUUUUUUGAUUAACAUGUAGUACUUAAAGGGUCCUAGAACUUUGUCGAACAUACCCCUAGAACUUUGUCGUUUUCUAAAUACAACGUGUGAGCCUUGAGAGCGAAAUUUAAAAAAAAAAAUGUCACGGAAUGUCAUGACAUUAAUGUCAUUUGACAUUAAUGUCAUUUGACACUAAUUCGGCUCUCACGCCGCCAAAAUCAUAUUUAGAUUAAUUACCUGUUAGAAAAUAUUUUCGAGCCCUUUAAGGGCUACAUGUUUAUAUAUAGGGACCCUCCUUAGCCGUGCGGUAAGACGCGCGGCUACAAAGCAAGACCAUGCUGAGGGUGGUUGGAUUCGAUUCCCGGUGCCGGUCUAGGCAAUUUUCGGAUUGAAAAUUGUCUCGACUUCCCUGGGCAUAAAAGUAUAAUCGUGUUAGCGAGGCGGCUUUGUCCCAGUGUGGGGAUGUAAUGCCAAUAAGAAGAAGAAGAAGUUUAUAUGGAAAACAUAAUUGUAAAUGACUUGUGAAAAAAGUUAUUAGCAAACUAGUCUCAUGACAUCGAAAUGACAUGCACAUGACAAGCGAUUGAGCUGAAAUUUUGAGAGAUUGAUUUUCUCACCCAAAAACACAAUCCUGAGGGGUGCCCCGUGGAAUUCGACAACUUUUUGUUUCGUGGGCCAAUCUAGGCAUGAGUCAUGUCUCUGUGAAUGCUGAGAGUAAAGAAAUUUUAACUACGGAGAAGCUUUGCCUCAAUACCCUGGUAGAUGUUAUGUAGAUGUCUUGAACACAGGCGGUUUAUUAGAAAAUUCAAAUUAUAUUAUAUUCACGUUUUUGUGAAUUCAUUUUUUGCAUAUAAUUACGAAGGUAUCGGACAGAAGUCAUAAUAUUUAAUAUUUGUCCGACGACGACACUCUGAAGCAAAACUAGGUAAAUGAUGAAGAGGAUGAUCGAAAUGUUUGGUCACCCUCUAAGCUAUUGUGUCUAAAAAUGUCUUCUCUUCAGACAUAUGUUUCUAUAAUUCAAUUUGUCAUUAUUUUAACAUGGCAUUUAAUUAUCCUAGAUUUUUCAAAACAAAACAUCCACACAUCUAAGCACCUAAAUGAUUGUGACUUUCUUAAUAUGAACGUGUAUAUGUUGCAAACAUAAAAGAUUGUUAAGAAAAUGUCUCAUUGUUGGUUAGACAAAUCAACUUGAACGAUAUAAUUAGUUUAGUGUUUUGAAGAGAUACCCAACAGUACUCAAGCAGGAAUGUACUAAGUGGCUUAUGAAAAUACAGAUUGGAGACGGAACAUAUAUGUUAUGUUGCAUACCUUUAGACCCGGAAUAAAUCCGCAGAAAUCUUUUAUACAUAAAACGAAUGAUUUACAUAAAUACGUAUUCGACUUAUACGAACGAUUUUGUAGAGUUCAACAAACCAAAACCGUUAUCAUUCUCACUAAUCGAUUAGCUAGGUAUAGGCCUAUUAUCUAUGCAUUUCGACGCGGACGAAAUUUGAAUAAGAUGGUCUAAACACUGUUCUGUGAUCACAAUCAUCUAUAUGACAAAAUAAUCGGAAUACACAAAAAAUAUGAGCACAACUAUAGUUGCGAACUGUCUUCAUACCUAUUACUUAUAUUACAUCUUUGACGAAUUAUUGAUCACAGUUAUAUCACUUAUAUUACCGAGCGUUCUAGUGGAAGUGAAGGGUGUAUCAUUAGGCGCAAAGACUAGCAUAAGUUUUAAUAGGAUUUAAAUAACUGUCGUCGAUAUGCUGGCCAUAUCAUUUUACAAUAAUUAUUCAUAAGAAUAAAAAUGUUGAAUGCGGCACAGUGGGCACGCUAGAGAGAGUUGAUUCAAUGUUGAAAAAUGUAACAAAAAUUCAAAUAUGUAUGGAAAAACAUUAGCUGACUCCAACUGAAAUUUAAGGCUUGUUAAGUGAAGAACUGAACGAUUGUAUCAAAUCGAAUGUAAGGAAAUAAUUGAAAAAAUAGGUUACAUAUUGGUAAUAAAUUAACACCCAAUGAAUGAGAGCCGGUAAUAAUAAAGUGCAAUCAUAAUGGUUUACAGCUCACGAGCAUUUUAGGUACGACUGGAAUCAAUUUAAACGCCUAAGUACUAGUAAAACUAUUUACACUAAUGUAGAUGAAACUUUACAUGCGCAACAUAUUACCGUGUAAUACGGGCUACAGUGGUACAUGUUUACAACAAUCAGACUUUAUUUGUACUGUGGAAAACGUAAUCCUGAUACAACAGAUAUAUGACACUCAAUGCAUGUAAAAUGUUGAUUACUAAACAUUUAAAUAAACGAUGAAUGGGAAUGUGAAAUUA